GGUCCGGAAUCAGCUGUGAAUGCACUUGGCCCCAGCUAAUGGGGAAUUGUUCCAGAGACCGGUGGCUGGGGCCACAUGGGGUUGCUCCUUCGUGGGGUGGGGGGUCAUCUGAGCUUGACUCAUUUGUCAGCAAGGGAAAUAGCUUGUGGCUGUGCAGCUUAGAUGAGGGCUGGGGCAGGGGAAAGGGCUGCUUUUUGUCCCAGCCUUAAAGCAGGAUACAGGCAGGCUGCUGUCCAGAGGGAGGAAGUGCCUACUGAGAAGAGUCACACUCCUCUGCACUUCCCCGAGGAAGAGGCCCCGGCGCUGCUGCUCUGCUCCCAGGCUUGGGAGGACCGUCCCAGACAGUCGGUCUGGCUCUGAACAUCCAGAGCGGAGCUUCCUCCCGGCAUGGCCGCCACCGCCUCCCCGCUGCCAUUCACCACCCAGGAUGCCCGUUCCGAAAACAGCAGCUUCCUCUACGACUAUGACUACCUGGAGGACGUGGCCUUCAUGCUGUGCACGAAGGACGCGGUGCUGUCCUUCGGCAGAGUCUUCCUGCCGGUCUUCUACAGCCUGGUCUUCGUGCUGGGCCUGGGCGGGAACCUGCUUCUUCUCGUGGUCCUGCUGCGCUCCGUGCCUCGCAGGCGGACGGCCGAGCUCUACCUGCUGAACCUGGCCGUCUCCAACCUGCUGUUUGUGGUGACCCUGCCCUUCUGGGGCAUCUCCGUGGCCUGGCACUGGGUGUUUGGCAGUUUCCUGUGCAAGGUGGUGAGCACGCUCUACACCAUUAACUUUUACAGCGGCAUCUUUUUCAUCAGCUGCAUGAGCCUGGACCAGUACCUGGAGAUCGUCCACGCUCGGCCCCAGCACAGGCUGCGGCCCCGCGCCAGGAGCCUGCUCCCGGCCGCCAUGGUGUGGGCCACGGCCCUGGCUGUCUCCGUCCCUGACGUGGUCUUGGUGCAGACUCACGAGAACCCCAAGGGCGUGUGGAACUGCCACGCAGACUUCGGCGGGCACGGGGCCGCUUGGAAGUUCUUCCUGCGCUUUCAGCAGAACCUCCUGGGCUUCGUGCUUCCCCUCCUGGCCAUGGUCUUCUUCUACUCACGCAUCGGCUGUGUCCUGGUCAGGCUGAGGCCGCCGGGCCAGGGCCGGGCUCUGAGAACGGCCGCAGCCCUGGUGGUGGCCUUCUUCGUGCUGUGGUUCCCGUACAACCUCACCCUGUUUCUGCACUCGCUGCUGGACCUGCACGUCUUCGGGGACUGUGAGGUCAGCCGGUGCCUGGACUACGCGCUGCAGGUGACGGAGAGCGUGGCCUUCCUGCACUGCUGCUUCACUCCCGCCCUCUACGCCUUCUCCAGCCGCCGCUUCCGCCAGCACCUGAAGGCCUUCCUGGCCACCGCGCUCGGACGCCACCUGGCCCCCGGCUUGGCCCAGGCUCCGCAGUCCACCUGCUCUGAGAGCAGCAGGCUCACUGCCUAAGAAGAGGGGACGGGUAUGAAUGCCCUUGGGGACAGGCAGGCUGAGCAUUCCCCUAGCAAGGGGCCGUCAGGGAUAAUCCAGCCUGAGUGACCCCACUGUCGUCUGGUGGGAGCGGACUGGACCCUGCUCCGUGGGGUGUCCACUCAGAGCUCUCUCCAGGGGCCUCCUCAGUUCCCAGUCACCAGCCGUGGGCAGCAGGCACUCACUCGGGCCUUGUCCCUCCACUGUCGUCACUUGCUUGCAAGACACCACACUCUCCUGCCCGGGUUGCCACAUUGGUUUCUUGGUGUAUUGAUAAUUAAUUUUAUCAAUCGCUGUGCACAGACCUUUUUUUUAAUUUAAGCUCGAUCCGCAGGACACACCACCACAGGCCACAGCAGUUUUGCUUACACUUAUUAAGGGGGAAGUGAAAAAGAGAGAAAGUAAGAGAAUAGUACAGCAGGGGAAGAACACAAAAGAGUGAUCACACCACUAGGACCCCAUUAGCAGCACAGGAGGCUUAUCACCACGGGUCAUCUCAACACGGGAAAUCUAAUUCUCCCCAGCAGUCUCUCAGGCAGUGGUGAAGGCAACACGCUGGGAUAUCAAGCAGGUAGGCAGCCACACUCCAAAAGUUGGAUAGGAAGAAAUGGCCGCCAAGAAGCGGCUCUAGGACUUUCUUAUACUGCUUAUAUAGUGGUCUGAACAAAGGAAGGCGCCAAAAAGGCAUAUGCUCUGGUCACGUGAAGUCGAGGAUCUGGCCAGGAGCCGGGGCCUGUAGUGACUGAUCUCACAUAACAGUUCUGGGCAUGAGCCUAGGGUAAACAUCCCUGGACGGCCCAGGAUAAACAACCCUAGGCCAUCCAGGAAGUCCAGGAUAAACAUCCCCAGGCACAGUUCAGAGCUGUCAAUUCCUAUUUCCUCAAGAAGUGGCCAACUUCUCCAGGAAAUGGGGGCAUACCUCAAGCCUUAUAAAUUUAUAUGACCCCAAGCAGGCCUUAAUAUUCUGUACCUCAAUACAUCUGGUCAACCUCUGCACUUCCUGUCUCUUCUCUCCUGUUAUCUAAACUGCAGCCGGGGGCACAGGGACCCUGACACUCUCAGCCUCCACUGCCACCUCCCUCAGACCAGCAGCCUGUCCAAACACAAAAUUAUCACAGACUUAGUUUAGAUCGGCUUUAUUUGCCUAUCGGCUUUAUUUUCGAUUCUAGACUCAGGCAAUAGAUUCAAUCAAUCAGGAAUAGAUUCAUUUCAUAAGACAGAUGGAGUGUUCCAACCAUCUGAGCAGAAGAGGGUGGUUUUAUAGACAGAAAAGGGCUGAUAAAGCAGAAAUAGAACAAAAAGUGGAUUGAUCAUUUCCAAGUCACUUUGAAAGGCCCAACAGAGUGGUUGACAUUAGGUUUCUUCAGGUUCCUUUUUUGUAAAGAUUAAAACAGAGGUUGCCUCUGAACUCUAGGAUAAGGUAAAAAGGAAACACCAUAGGGGACUUCAUUAAACUGGCCUGUUUAGGAACUUGGCUGUUAACUUUCUCUCCCAGUUUCUGAAAGGUCAGAUAACAACUUAGCUCCAAUGUGAUGACAUGAAGCUGAAAUAGGAGUGACCCCAUUUGGUUUGUCUGUUCUACUGGGGUCCAGUGCAGACACUUAGUCCAAAACAGUGGACUCCCAUGAGUUUUAUUUAAGAUGUCCCAGUCCCAGGCUCCCUCUGCACUUCUGACCUGGCUUCUGAGCUGUUUCUCAGACAUUCCAGGCACACUCCCCUGGGGGCUUCCAGCUGUGCCUUCUUCCUCAACUGCCCUUCCCCCACUGUCUGCUCUGCUCACUUCCUCACCUCCUCACCUGCCCCACAGCCCAGAACACAUGCAGUCUGCAGGAGGUGGGCAGUGAGCACUGUUUCAGGAGCCUUCAGGUCUCCCUGAGGCCUGCACCAUCAAGUCCAGAACCUUCCUUGGACUUCAAGGCUGGCACUUUUGCAAGUGGAACCCCAUGUAACCCUCAGCCCGCACAGUGCUCCUCUCUCUUUUCCCUUCCUGACACCAGGCACCCUUUGGUGUUUCCAGCACCUUCCUUGCUGUGCCUUUGCUCUUGCUGGCUCAGUCAUGUAAGGAGGACCAUUUCCAGCCAGGUAUCCCCUCACCCCUGUCUACACAUCCCACUUACUGUAGGGAACCACUCCUGGGUCACUCUGCCCUGUGCUUUGGGUAGAGGUUGGGUGGAGCCUCGGACCCAACCCGUUGCCACCAUAUGUUCCUCAGGGCACAGUGAUUGGCCUGGGGGUGGGCACACCAUCCAGGCAGAGCCAGUGAAAUGCAAUGCCAUAGAACCUUCUAGAACAGAGGGGUGAAACUGAAGCUGAGAGGAGGUGAGGUCUGGAGCUGCUCCUGCAUCACCCAAGCUUCAGAAGGUGAAGGGGGUGGCGCAGGCGGGGGAGCAGGUCCUGAGGGCGGCUCUGGAGCCUCAGAACCGAGUCUCGGCUGCGGCUCUUCCUGCCCUGGACUUGGCAGUUGUGUGAACCAAUAAAUUCCGUUUCCGUGGG